AUGGGCAAGUUAAAGGACUACAUAACAACCGACCGAAACGGCAUAAUCGAAAACCGCCAUCAAGUCCACGCCGCAAUAGUCUCGAGCGAUGGGACACUCCUCUACAGUGUCGGCGAUCCGUCCCGAGUAACACUGACCCGCUCUGCCGCCAAACCAGCUCAGGCCCUCGCCGUCAUCUCCACCGGGGCGCUGGAAAAGUUCGGCUUUGAUGAAGCUGACCUAGCGCUCAUGUGCGCUUCGCACAAUAGUGAGGACAGACAUCUUUCCCGUGCUCGGGACAUGCUCCGAAAGGUUUCUGCGGGGGAAAAGGAUCUCCGUUGCGGCGGCCAUGCUGCGCUAUCCGAGACUGUGAAUCGGGAGUGGAUUAAAAGGGAUUAUACGCCGACGGCGAUCACGAAUAACUGUUCCGGGAAGCAUGCUGGCAUGCUUGGCGGCGCGAGGGCGUUAGGGGCGGAGAUUAGUGAUUAUCAUCUGCCCUGUAACCCUCUGCAGCGGAAGGUGAGAGAUGUAGUGGAAGAGUUGGCCGGGCUUGAGACAGGGCCUGAAGGUGUAUUGUGGGGGGUUGAUGGGUGUAACUUGCCAGCGCCUGCGUUUCCACUACGGAAUAUGGCGAAGAUCUAUGCUGCAUUUGCGGAGGCUGCAGAUGUUGCUGACGGUGCUAGAAAUGCUUCUGGGAAAGACAGAGAUAUGGCACGAAUUUUCAGCUCCAUGACGCGGUACCCCGAGCUUGUUGGUGGAGAGGGGAGGUUCUGUACGGUGCUUAUGCGGGUGUUUCGGGGGAUACUCAUUGGGAAAGUCGGGGCAGAUGGGUGUUAUGGGAUCGGCAUACGAGCCUCGGAAUAUACCAGAAGACUUGGAGUAGACGGUGCGAUGGGAAUUGCAGUUAAGAUCGAAGAUGGAAACAUGGGAGUCCUUUAUUCAGCUGUGACUGAGGUCCUGGACCAGUUGGAUAUAGGUUCCUCUGAUAUGCGACGGGAAUUGGCUUUGUUUCAUCAUCCAGAGAUUGUUAACUCUGCCGGGGUUGUGACGGGGUCGACUGCUCACCGGUUUCAUGUUUGCGGACUUGGAUCAUAA